CAAUGUCAGCGACAACCCACUGCUCCAUGUAAUGUUCUGUGUGCAGUGAACAGAGAGACAUCGAGGACCAUGGCCUACAAUGUGAGCUUCAGUGUCAACAUUUGUCAAACGGAUUCUGACUAUGAGAACCUGGGUGAAGGCGAACCAGGUCAGGAGUCCUUCCGGCUUGUUGGCGAGCCAGCAGCCAGUGCCCGGCGGUGUCCUGAAAUCCUACAGAUGGAUGUUUUUAGGGAAUGCACAGACAAUGAUGGCCGCACGAGAGACGAGAGACUUGGCAGGGAGCAGCUCUCUCUGCAGAGGCACCGCUGGUCAGCUGCAACCAUGAAGGUCCUCUCCUCAAUGCCCAGUCGCACAGCAGGGGCAAACAGCGAUGCAGUAAAUUCCCGGCGAGCCAGGCACUCGUCACAGCUACGCCCCAGUCAGACCUCCUCCCAUGACUCUUCUCACCCCUCCAGGCCGGACCAGGGUGUCUCCGUCCAUGCGGACAUGGAGGAACUCAUUACCGAAGAGAACAAGAAGGAGCAGUUGGUGUCCAACCUCCGAGGCCUCUCAGUGAGCGAGGGCAUGCGCAAGCUGAGAUCCACGCCGCUCAGCCUGGCAGAUAAGAUGGAACUCAGGCGACUCGCUUUCAGUGACGUAGCUGAAAGUUCCCUCAUCAGCAGAAACAUCCCAUGCUGCAGCUGCCUGAGCGUCUACGUUUGGAGGACUUGGCGUCACUGCCAGUUCAGCUGCCUCCACGUCCUCAGCUCCCUCCAGCUGUGGCACUCACCCAUGAAGAGGCUGAGCGGACGUUUCGGAACCGGGGUGCUCUCCUACUUCCUGUUUGUCCGGACCCUCCUGCUCUUCAACCUCCUCCUCGUCGUCAUCAAUGGAGUGUUCCUGGUCUUCCCUCAAGCUGUCGACCCUCCUCCUCCUCCUCUUUAUGGCUCUCGUCCCAACACUUUCACCGGGCUUGAGCUCCUCACAGGCACGGGUUACCUCUCUCAGAGUGUGAUGUUUUAUGGCUACUACACCAACACCCUCAUCAAAACUUGUUGGGCUGCUGACUUGACCCACAGCUCCAUAUCAUCUGAUGUGCCGGUGUGUGACACACACAAGCCCCAGAUAGUGCAAUACAGCAUACCCGCAGCCUAUUUCUUCACCAUCGCCGUCGCCUUCUUCACUAUCUGCAUCAUCCUGGUGUACAGCAUGUCCAGGUCCUUCGGGAGAAGCUUUCGUGUCUUCAAGUCGAAUGGGAACCUGGCGGUGAAAGUCUUCUGCUGCUGGGACUUCAAUGUCAGCAAGAGGACGUCCGUCAGACUCCAGUCUGAGAAAAUCAGCACUCAGCUCAAAGAGCUGCUGUCUGAGAUGAUCCGUGGAGAAGAUGAAAAGAGCUGCGUGCAGCGACUCUGCCGCCUCACGGUGCAUCUCAUGGCGUGGGCCAUGUGUCUGGCCAGCAUCUGCCUGGGCGCCAUGGCGGUCCACUACCUGUCGGAGACUGCCAUGGAGCAGAGUCCGUUUAAAGAAACUGAGCUCUUGCUCAUGUCUGCAGUGGUGUCAGGCAUUAACCUGUUGCUCCCUGGCCUCUUCAACCUGUGCGCCUGGAUGGAGAAUCAUGACUCACCCAGCGUUCGAGUUUAUGUCUCCAUCUUCAGGAACCUGCUGCUGAAGGUCAGUGUUGUUGGAGUGCUGUGUUUCCGCUGGCUGGGCAGGAUUGCGGUGGAGCCAGAAACUCGUGGUCUGCAGUGCUGGGAGAGCUUUGUGGGCCAAGAGCUGUAUCGCCUGCUCGUGAUGGACUUUGUCUUCACGGUGCUUUACACGUUUUUGGGAGAGUUCCUCUGGAGGCAAGUCAGCGUCCCAUCCAUGAUUCAUGCAGCUUUGAUUGUGUUGUGUACUAUUUGUAAAGCCAUACAGUGUCUUCCCUCUAGGGUCUUCUCCAAGCAAGUGCUGAAAAGGAACAGGAAGCCAGUGUUUGACAUUGCUCGUAAUGUGCUGGAGCUCAUAUAUGGACAAACUCUUACUUGGCUCGGGGUGCUGUUUGCUCCACUUCUUCCUGCAGUCCAGCUCAUUAAACUGUUUGUGCUAUUUUACAUGAAGAAGAGCAGCGUACUGCUGAACUGCCAGGCCUCCAGAAAGCCCUGGAGGGCCAGCCAGAUGACAACACUCUUCAUCUCUCUUUUGUGCUUCCCCUCAUUUCUUGGUGCUGCCGUGUCUGUCACUUACACAAUUUGGACGAUCAAACCAUCAUCAGGGUGCGGCCCUUUCAGGAAUCUCACCACCAUGUUUCAGUCAGGGCAGCUGUGGGCCCGGGAGCUGGAGAACACCCACCCGAUCCUGACUUGGCUCAGCUGGGCCUACAACUACCUGGUGGAGAAACCAUUGUUCCUAUUCCUGGCCACUGGAGUCUUUCUAGUGGUGAUCUACUGCCACACCCAAGUUGUUGAUGGCCAAAGGAGAAUCAUCAGUCAGCUGGAAAAGCAAAUUGAAAAUGAGGGCAAGGACAAAAAGUUCCUCAUCACCAAACUGCAAGCCAUUUAUGAGCAGAGUGGCCUGGUUUCUCCUCAUAGAUAAGUUGGUCAGUCUCAACACUGCAUAUCCUGUUUGUGGUUAUCCUCUUUGUUUGCUCACUGUCUCAAUGGCCAUGCCUAUAAUCAGGAAAUGCAUUUGUGUGCUUUCCACAUAAAACGUGUUCCUCGUUCCCUCCGUGUGGCUGUGGCUGAUGAAUACACACGCAAAAACGUAGAGAUGAUCGCUUUGAUAUCAUCUCUGCUGUGCCGAGAUGGUUGCCGACGUCAUCGGGAAUGACCGCUGCAAGCUUCAAUGAGAUCAAACCAAAGUGUCAUUUUCAAAUGUAUUGCAUAGUGUUUGAUGAGUCCUAUUAUUUAUACACAGAGCUCCUAUCAUAUGUUGGAUGUAGGAUGUAUAUUUUUUUACAUGUGUGUUCAUGUUUAAAUUAUAAAUAAUGAUGUAGAACAUGUAUGAAAAGUCAAAAUAAAUUAGUUUG